AUGAUAACAGCAUUUCCCUGGCUCAGAGGGCUGUUGGGUGGCUGGAUUCAAGCUUCAGAAGAGAGGUUUGAGCCCAGCAUGACUUCUGCCAGGAGCUUGCAUGUGAACACGCCCCUGAGAGACAGCGUCCCGCUCUCCAAGGUGGCUGGCACCAACGUCUACCUGAAGCUGGACAAUGCUCAGCCCACGGGCUCCUUUAAAAUCCGGGGCAUCGGCCACCUCUGUAAAAUGUGGGCGGAGAGAGGCUGCGAGCGCUUCGUAUGCUCCUCAGGUGGCAAUGCUGGCCUGGCAGCUGCCUACUCUGCCAGGAAACUGGGCAUCCCAGCCACCAUCCUUGUGCCCACGUCCACGCCAGCUUUCACCAUCGAGCGGCUGAAGGACGAGGGGGCCACUGUCUGCAUUGUGGGAGAGAUGCUGGAUGAGACCAUAGAACAAGCCAAGGAGCUGGUGAAGAACAACCCUGGCUGGGUCUAUGUGCCCCCUUUCGAUGAUCCCCUCAUCUGGGAAGGCCACACAUCCAUAGUGAAGGAGCUGAAGGAAGACUUGGACUCCAAGCCUGGGGCGCUGGCCCUAUCUGUGGGAGGCGGUGGGAUGCUGUGCGGAGUGGUCCAGGGCCUCCGUGAGGCAGGCUGGGAGGAUGUGCCCAUUGUUGCCAUGGAGACCAAAGGGGCGCACAGCCUGAAUGCUGCCAUAGCUGCUGGGCAGCUGGUGACGCUGCCAGAAAUCACCAGCGUCGCAAAGACCCUGGGGGCAAAGACGGUGGGAGCGGAGACGCUGAAGCUGGCCCGAGAGCACCCAGUCUUCUCAGAGGUCGUCACGGACCAGGAGGCAGUCAUGGCCAUCGAAAAGUUUGUGGACGAUGAGAAGAUCCUGGUGGAGCCGGCCUGCGGGGCGGCGCUGGCUGCCGUCUACAGCGGCGUGGUGCAGAGGCUGCAGGCGGAGGGGAAACUGGGCCGUGCCCUGGGCUCCCUGGUGAUCAUCGUGUGCGGGGGCAACAACAUCACGUUGGCCCAGCUGCAGCGCCUCAAGGAGCAGCUGGGGAUCCAGAACGUCAUGGCGGCCUAG